AUGUCAUUAGAUGCUGAUAUCGAUGAAGAAUCGUGUUCAUCAACAUCGUUAUCUAGACGUCAUUUUCUUAUUGUUCCUUCAUUUAAUCCUGAACGUCGACAUUCAUGGGGAAGUGUUGUAUUACGUCCAUCACAUCGAAAUCAUGUUGCUACAUCAUCUAUAACUAUUACUGCCAAUGCAGAUUCUACUAGAAGCUCGACAUCAAAUAUUUCAUCACGCCCAUUUUCAACUUCAUUGAUUCAAAAUCAUCAAAAUACACAUACAAAGACGGCAACAACAUCAACAACGGCAAUAACAAUAUCAACAAAAUCCACGAAAAAACGUCGCCGACGUGGUGGAAUGGCAUCGACUUGUACGUCAUGCAUUUCAUCGAAUAACAGCCGACGACAAAGUUCAAUUACAGAUGAUGUUACAACCGUCCCUAUUCAUUCAUCCCCAAAUUCUUCAUCACGAACUCCACCUUUACUUAUUCGUCUUGGACGAAUUAUAUUAAGACGACGGACAGCUACCAAUGCUAAUCAUAGUAAAAAUCCUACAGCCAAUAACAAAGCCAGGUAA